CCCCCCCCUCAGUUCUAUCGAUCCCCCCCAGGUCGCUCUGUCUGUCCAUCAACCGUCGCAUUUUUCUGCCGACCGUUGAUUUUUCUCGACUCGCGUCUACCUUCUACAACAUACUUGGAUCCCCCCCCAUCCACAUCACAUACCCUUCACCAUGGCUGCUGAGGUACCGACCUUCAAGCUCGUCCUCGUCGGUGACGGUGGUACUGGAAAGACCACUUUCGUCAAGCGUCACUUGACUGGCGAGUUCGAGAAGAAGUACAUCGCGACUCUCGGUGUCGAAGUGCACCCUCUCGCUUUCCACACCAACCUGGGUAACAUCCAGUUCGACGUAUGGGACACUGCUGGUCAGGAGAAGUUCGGUGGUCUUCGCGAUGGUUACUACAUCAACGGACAGUGCGGUAUCAUCAUGUUCGAUGUUACCUCCCGUAUCACCUACAAGAACGUGCCCAACUGGCACCGUGAUCUCGUCCGUGUCUGCGAGGGUAUCCCCAUCGUGCUGUGCGGUAACAAGGUCGAUGUCAAGGAGCGUAAGGUGAAGGCCAAGACCAUCACCUUCCACCGCAAGAAGAACCUCCAGUACUACGACAUCUCCGCCAAGUCCAACUACAACUUCGAGAAGCCCUUCCUCUGGCUCGCUCGGAAACUGGUCGGCAACCCCCAGCUGGAAUUUGUUGCCGCUCCCGCCCUUGCUCCCCCCGAGGUGCAGGUCAACCAGGAGCUCAUGGAGCAGUACGAGAAGGAGAUGCAGGCUGCCACCCAGAUGCCCCUGCCCGACGAGGAGGACCCCGACUUGUAAACGCAUCGCCAAUAAAAGGCUGGGGACGGAACGUCGGUCGUGGCCGCGGCCGUGUGACUGUGGCCGUGCCCAGCUCCGGGUACGUUAUGCAAAGAUUUCGAAUCACGAUACAAUGAUAGCGGAGAGAAGGGAGGAAGUAAGCCCGAGAACGGUCGGCAUGAUUAUGCAUUUGCAAUAUUUACCACUAGUAGUCUAGACUCUGAUUAUCUCUACAAAGUUCCUUUGAAACGAUGACCUCUGUUUUACUCGCCAGCCAAUCAACCCAUCAAUCACGGAUCUAUCCGAAAUUCCAGGAUAGUUGCGGUUUUGGCCUCCGAAAAGUUCUUU